AUGUCGAUAUCUCAUCCUAGUCUGUUGUGUUUCGAUGGUGGUGGUGUUCGUGGUCUUUCUUCGCUGUAUCUUGCCAAGCAGUUGAUGGAGUCAAUUAACCAGGACGCACCGCCGAAGCCAUGCGAGGUAUUCGACAUGAUUGGAGGAACGAGUACUGGCGGGCUCAUUGCGAUCAUGCUUGGGCGGCUCGAAAUGUCGGUCGAUGAAUGUAUCAAGCAGUACAUCGCGCUGUCGAGAACGGUGUUCAAGCGUGAGCAUUACCUGCCGUUCAGGAAACGGGAUGGUAGCAUUCAGGCUCGAUUCAGUACUUCGGCUUUGGAGGCUGCGAUCAAAAAAAUAGUGGCAGAAAGCGAUGUUGCGAAGGCCGAGGGUUCAGGAGAAAACGCUCUCAUGAGAACCAAGUCACGCACAAAGUGUAGAACGUUUGUUGUUGCUCUUUCUAAGCACUUCGCCGAUGAUCAUGCCGUGUUCUCAAGUUACAGUCGCCCACGAGAAGCGGACAGAGAGCUGUUCGAUAACACAAAGAUCUGGGAGGCUGCCAGAGCUACAUCGGCUGCAUCGACGUUCUUCGAUUCCAUCAAUAUUGGCGAUCCUCCCGUGAGCUUCGUAGACGGCGGUGUGGGCCGUAACAAUCCACUACCUGUUCUGUGGGAUGAGGCCGGAAUAAUCUGGGGAGGACGAGACGGCGAUCAACUAGAUGCGCGGGUGCGGUAUGUCGUGUCCAUCGGUACCGGGAUGUCGUUGCCCGGGCCGUUCGGCAAUAACCUAGUCGCGGUCUUUGAGACCUUGAAAGCCACCGCCACUGAGACCGAACAGACAGCAAAUGCAUUCGUACGCAACCAUAGGCGCUUGGUUAGAGAAAAUCGCUACUUUCGCUUCAACGUCACACAGGGCCUUGAGGAUGUUGGGCUAGAGGAGUAUGAUAAGCUGUCCACUAUUCGUUCGGCAACGACGAGAUACGGCGAGGAUCCAAUGGUGCAGAUGGCUCUCAUUCGUUUCGAGGACACUGUCAUGGCUGCAAGACACGACGGCGCAAGUAAUAGCAAUGUUAGUGGUACGUAG